AUGUUCGGACGCCUGUUCAAGAAACGGGAUCCGAACGAGCCACAAGUGCACAAGGUCAAGCUGCCCGAUGCUCCAUCUGCGAUGUACUUCGACAAGGAGAAAGGGCGCUGGCGAGAGCGCGGCAAAGAACACCUAGAAGAGGAGGAGACAGCGCUGCCUCCCCCACCAUCCAUGGGCUCUUCUGCGGCGACACCACCUGAAAAGAAAGAGGAGAAGAAAGAGGCCUCCGCGCUGGACAACAUGAUUGCCCCACCGAAUCCGUAUGGCAACAGGUUUGGCGGUGCCCGCAAGCACACAGCACCAGCUUCAGUGAUGCGCCCGAUGCAGGUGCCCUUCGGUGAGCCUCCUCCCCCGGUUGAUGCAGGUGCCACGGACGAGCCAGCCGAGACAUCCGCGCCCGCAGCGGCCGCUGCUCCUCCACCGGCCUCUGAGGGCUUCGGGGCACCGGUUGCAGCUCCCAUGAACCCCUUCGCACCGAGAUCCGUCACGGGAGGCAGUGUCAAUCCUCACGCCCCCAAGGGCUUCAGGGAGAGCGCGAGGCGCCAGGAGAAAUCCAAAGAAAAGAAGCAGCCCCCUGCAAAGGUCUCCGCUCGAGCAUCUCCCUUCGCCACAUCACCUUUCGGCCAGGCACCUGCACCCAUCGCAGACCCUGAGGGUGAUCCAGAGGGCGCCGGCGAGGGAAAGCCGCCAGCUUUGGGAGAGCAAGGCGAAGAGGAUCAUGCACCGCCAGCUGCCGUUCCACCAUCGCCGCUGCGCGCCAGCCUGCCGGCAUAUUCUCCCUUCGCUCAGCCGCAGAUCCCUCGGGGUUAUGGCGGCCGUGAAGAGGAAGCAGUACUGCCAGAGCCUGCUCCCACAACGGAGGCAGUCCCGGACGGAGAGUUCCAGGAGGCAGCUGUGCCAGCGGUUGCUGCAACUGCAGAGGCGCAGAGUGUUCGCGCAGUCCCGGAUGCGGAGUUCCAGGAAGCAGCUAUGCCAGAGAUUGCUGCGACUGCACAGGCAGUUCCGGACGAGGAGUUCCAGGAAGCAGCUGUGCCAGAGGUUGCCGCGACUGCAGAGGCAGUUCCGGACGCGGAGUUCCAGGAAGCACCUGUGCCAGAAGUUGCUGCAACUGCAGAGGCAGAGCCGGGCGAGAUCCUGGAGGAAGCAGCUGUGCCAGAGGUUGCUGCGACUGCAGAGGCAAUUCCGGACGCGGAGUUCCAGGAAGCAGCUGUGCCAGAGAUUGCUGCGACUGCAGAGGCAGUUCCGGACGCGGAGUUCCAGGAAACAACUGUGCCAGAAGUUGCUGCAACUGCAGAGGCAGAGCCGGUCGAAAUCCUGGAGGCAGUUCCGGACGAUGAGCUGCAGGAGGCAGCUGUGCCAGAGGUUGCUGCAAGUGCAGAGGCAGAGCCGGUCGAAAUCCUGGAGGAGAGGGCUGGCACAAGCUCCGAGGCGCAGGCACAGCUGGAGGAGCUCUCAGCCAAGUUGCAGCAGGCCGACGGACGAGCUGCUCAGGCCGAGGCACAGUCCAAGGAGCUGUCGGCCAAGUUGCAGCAGGCCGACGGACGUGCGGCUCAUGCCGAGGCACAGCUCGAGUUGCUGUCAACCAAGCUGCAGCAGGACCGGAUGUGGGUGAUGUCAUGGGCAUUGGGGCUGUGGAGUGGGGAGGUGCAAGCGCAGCUCGCGGAGCUUUCAUCCAAGUUGCAGCAGGACCGGGAUCUGGGUGAUUUCAUGUGCAUUGGGGCUGUGGCGCAGCUCGCGGAGCUUUCAUCCAAGUUGCAGCAGGACCGGGAUCUGGGUGAUUUCAUGUGCAUUGGGGCUGUGGCGCAGCUCGCGGAGCUCUCAUCCAAGUUGCAGCAGGCCGACGGACGAGCUGCUCAGACGGAGGCACAGCUUCAGGAGCUGUCAACCAAGCUGCAGCAGGGCAACGUGCCGGCGGAAAGCAGUGAGGCAGGAACCUCUAUCGCCGUGCUCAUGCGCCCAGACCCCCGGGAGGAGUCCGUGCGGGAAGCCCUGGUCUUUGCUGGCGAGAACUGCGAAGGAAAGCAUAUCGAUUCACUGAUCGCCCUCCUUGGGAAGCACAUCUCCAACCUGGCCGUUUGCUCCCAGGUGUGCGCUACCCUGGAGAACCUUACCUUUACUGAUGUGGAUAACCAGUCGAGAAUUGUUGAUCUCGGCGGUAUUGAGUUGAUCCUGAAAGUGCUGGAGACGCACGAGGAUGCAGAUGGUGCGCAGUUGCGCCCUGUUGUUGAUUCUCUCUGGAAUCUGACCUUCAAUGUGAAGGCAGUCGAGCGGGCCACGGCGACAGGCGGUGUCCGCCGCGUUGCAUCGGUCCUCGCCAAGAACUUGGCAACUCCGGACGUGCUGGGUGGAGUAUGUGCAGUCUUGCUCAACCUGGCCGUUCUCGACGAAAACCGCCACCAGAUUGUGCAGUGUGGUGGAGCGGAAUCCAUGGUCCAAGCCAUCAAGGCCCAUCAGGGCCGCGAAGAGGUCGUCGAACACGCGUGCCAAGCGCUGUAUCUUCUCGCCUACCACACAGAGCUUCGGCCGAGCGUGGUGGCAGCCAACGCUGCGGAAGCAGCUGCACUGGCGACCACGUGCGGUGGUCCUCGAGCCCCGAGAUGGGGUCGCAUCCUCGAAGAGGUGCUCGCAUGCUGA